GUGACAGUCGUCUUUCAGCUUUUUAGCUGUCCGUACACACCAUACAAUUUACAACGAGUAAAAGAGACGAAACAAUUGAGAUCGUGAAAAGAAGGCAAUAAAAAUAUAAACUUGGUGUCCACUUUCCAGUGUACAACUUAAUGUUUUCAUUUGACAAAUGGUCAUACCGAGCCAAAUUUUUGAAAUCGAAAAGUGUAAGAGUCAAAUUUUGAUUUUUUUUUUCGAAUGAUAGUGAAGUUUCCUGCUGUAAAUAAGAAUGAUUUGUCAAUGAAAAGGCGAAAUUAAAAUAUUAAGACUGAAAUUGACACAUAUCGCGUACGAAAUUCGUUUUUCAAAGUGAACUUGAUGAAAGGGUUUCGCAUUACUUUGCUCAUGUCACCAAUACAGCAGUGUUCUAUUUGUUUUUAUCUCGUUUGUCUCUCGCUCUUCUUCUCACUCUUACUCUCCAUUCGGUGAGGCAUGGAUUUUGGCCUGUGAUUUUUUUCUCGCUGUGAAAUAUUUUUACCUUUUGGCAAUUGUGCACAAUUCUCCUUGAUAUGAUAUAACCAAACUUGCCAGCUAUCCGAAAGAGAGAGAAAGAGAGAUUCUUUUUGUGUUUCGCUCCGUGGUGGAAUAUGAACUGAAGAAAGAGAGUGGUUUUUGUGAGAUAGAGCACUUAUGAUAAAACAAAAACAAGAAGGAAUAAGUUAAAUAUUCGAAACAAACUGAAUCGGGUGCGGACGUGCAUAUAUUUUUCGUGGUGUUUGCAGUAAGGAAAAAUGGUUUUCGAAAGCAUUGUUACCGAUUUGAUGAAUCGCUUUUUGGGCGAUUUUAUCGAAAAUUUGGAUCACAAGCAACUCAAUAUUGGUAUUUGGGGCGGUGAUGUUGUAUUGAAAAACCUACAGCUCAAGCAAAGUGCUUUAAAGGAAUUGGACUUACCUGUUCAGUUGGUUUAUGGGCAGUUGGGAAAAUUGGUUUUAAAAAUUCCAUGGAAAAAUUUAUACAGUCUUCCAGUAGAGGCAGACGUUGAGGAUCUGUACUUGUUGGUGGCGCCAAAUCAGGCAGUUAGCUAUGAUGCUGAAAAACAGAAGAAAAUCGAUGUGGAUACGAAGAAAGGCGAAUUGGCCAAAUUGGAUGAGGCACGAAAACGUGAAUUGGAAAAGGAUAAGCCAAAGGCGGAUAAAACAUUUACCGAAAAACUAGUCGCACAAAUUAUUAACAAUGUUCAAAUACGCAUCCGAAACGUACACAUUCGUUACGAGGAUCGUUCGACAUCGACGAUACCAUUUGCACUUGGUAUUACAUUGGGCGGUCUCGAAGUGCACACCACCAAUUCAGAUUGGAAUAAAGCAUUUCUAUCGGAAGCCCUCAGCAAGGUGUUUAAAGUCGCCAAACUCGAUGGGCUUGCUGUGUACAUGAAUUGUAACACACCACUAUUUCAAAGCCGAUCGACCAGCGAAUUCAGUCAACUAUUCAUGGACACAAUCGCCACUAGCGAAUCAAGGCCGGAAAAUUUUACAUACGUUCUUGGUCCCAUUACAUCCGUUGCUAAGCUAAAAUUGAAUAUGAAUCCAGAAUUGGAUUCACCACCAUUUGAAGUACCCAAAGUUGAUUUAUUCUUGGAAAUGGAGAAGUUGGCAGUUGGUAUUACACGAGCUCAAUACCAGCGGCUCAUUGAACUAGCGGACGGAAUGGGCGCGAUGUCAAGAGGCGUACCGUAUAGAAAGUUCAGACCAUUCAAUACUCCGUAUAGAGGAAAUGCCAAACUUUGGUGGAAGUUCGCCUAUGAAUGUGUCAUGGAAACGGAAAUUAAGCGGCGCAAACGUGAUUGGUCUUGGGAAAAUAUGAUGAACCAUGUGAAUAGGUGUCGAGCAUAUGCAGACGCGUAUCGAACAAAGUUGACAGCCAAGAAGCUCACAAACGAUGUGCAGCAAUGUCUAGAUCGACAUGAAGAACAUUUGGAUCUAUUCAAUUUGAUAUUGAUUCGCAAACGGGUUAACUUUGAAGUUGAACAGUCAGGUAUAUUGCAAAAACCACAAGUGCAGUCUGCCGGAUGGUUUAGUGGCUGGUGGGGUGGUGGAAAAACGGAAGAGCCUGCCGACAAAGACAAAGAUAUUCUGAAUCAAUUUAAGACGGCCAUGACAAGCGAAGAAAAAGCGAAACUAUACGAAGCGAUUGGUUAUCAUGAAGGUGUGGUAGAUUUACAAUUGCCCGAGGAAUAUGUGGCAAUUACAAGCCAUUUCAAUUUGAAAUUGUUGGAAGUAUGUGUUCGUAAUGAAAUCAUCAAGCCUUCGGAUCUUGAAAUGUCAUUGUCAACUGUGUUGUCGCUUCAAGUUUCGGGCGUUUCUUGUGAAAUUGACCAACGACCUGCUUCAUCUGGGCUUAAAUUGGAUUUAAAAAUGAAGGAAUUCACUGUAUUUGGUUACAAACAAUCUGAUUUCAUGCCAAUCAUGGUAAAAUCAAUAUUGGAACCUACAAGCGAUAGGUCAUUGCUAGACAUCAAGUUUGAAAUGAAUCCACUUGACAAGCAAUGCGAUCAACGAGUCGACGUUUAUGCAUACCCGCUACAAAUCGUUUACGAUGCGGAAACAAUUAUCCAGCUUUUGCAAGUGUUCAAAAUGCCUUCAGAUGCAAAUUUAUCAGAGUUAACAGAUGCAGCCGCCGAUAAACUGUCAAAUUUUAAAGAGAGGUCGGCAACUGGAAUUCAAUACGUAAUCGAGAAACACACUCGUCUCGAGGUGAAUGUUUCUGUGCAGCCGAACUACGUAAUUGUUCCUUAUGGUGGAAAAUACAUUGAGAAUAAAGUACCACUGAUGAUAAUCAGCUUGGGUAGCAUUUUAUUGAAAACGGAGCCACGGCGCGAGGAUACAAGAGAUGUGGCCGCAAUGCAUGGCGCAGGCGCCACAUCAGAACAUAUUCUAAAGGAAAUGAUGGACCAAGCUUAUGAUAAGUUCAACUUAAAUAUUGACAAUAUUCAGAUUUUAUUAGCUAAAUCAUCAGAUCAUUGGCAAGAUGCUUUAACUCAGGGUAAAAUAUCACGACUUCAUUUAUUGGAACCGACGUCACUUCAAGUGAAAGCUGCAUUGUGUGUCGUUGAUGACGAUCCACGGCUUCCAAAAACCAGAUUGCAUGCAAAAAUUCCAAGCAUAGGUGUUUCGGUUACGGAGCAAAAAGUUCUCGACGCAUUAUCGCUUGCUACUAGUAUUCCAUUGCCGGAGGGUGAUACAACACCAAUGGCUCUGAAUAAGGAAAGUUUGUUGGUUGCAUCAAGCAUGUCACUGAAGCGGUAUCUGGAUGAACGGCAGUCGAAGCCGAAGAUAUUGGAAAACAAGCAACGUGACAUUUCUGAAGAAGAAAUUACACAGUACACCGACUUGGAAUUUGGAUUCGAACUCAACGAGAUUUCAAUAAAGAUAUUCAAAGAUUCUGAAGAAUUGCUGUCACCGAAAUCGCCAAGUUCGCCAGGUGAUGAGACAUCAUCAGUUACCGAAGAAUAUGCAUCAGCAACGGGCACAAUUUCAACGCAAGGAUCGGUAUCAGAAUUGGAAUCAAUUGGUUUGCCGAAACAGCUUGCGCUCACAGUAAAACAAUUGGAAAUGGCAGUCACUCAACGCACUUAUGACUUGAAAGUGUCGAUGAAACUUGGUGCGAUUUCGAUGGCACAAUAUUAUCAUCAAAUCGCAACUCCAAAUGAACAGAAGAAGAUCACAAUUAUUGAAACUCCACGAUAUGCCGAAACAAAUGACUAUCUGUUGUCAUUAUUUUAUACAAAUGCUAACAAAGACUCUCCAGAAUUCACCACUAAAUACAAGUCGACCGAACAAUUUGUGGAAAUUAGCUUUACUAUUUUGAUUUUACGAUUGCACCAAGAAGGUCUAACGGAAAUUUUACAGUUUGCUAACAACUUCCAAACCAAAAUGGAUGCUAUUCUGACAAAAAACCACGGAUAUCGAAUGGCAUCAGCCGGUCCGCCAUUGGAAACAAUUGAAGAAGCCGAUGAAAAUGGAGACAACGAAGAAGAAGGUAAAAUUGAACAAAAAGUAGUAAAGAGAAGCUCCAAGAAACCGUCAACAAUUGUUGAUAGCAUCAAGGUGAAAGUAAUGGCGAAAAUGGAACAAGUUGCAAUUGAAAUCGAAAAUGAAAAGCGGCCAAUCACCAACUUGCGAAUUGAGAACAUGAACGCUGGAGUAAUUAUGAAGACAUCGUACACUGAACUCACGCUCAAGCUUCAAGACAUUAUCGUAACGGAUUUGAAUACUGAAACCAUUCAUUCCACGAUCUUGACGGUUGUUGGAGGCGACGCCCUCUCAUGUCAAAUUGUACUCUUCAAUUUGGAGGAAACGUCCGUAUACAACAGUGACGAUAUGAAAAUUGACGUUUCAAUGGGUUGUGUGAAAAUUGUAUUCCUAAAUUGGUUCGUCAACUCAGUCUUGAACUUUUUGGAUAAUUUCCAAGCGGCACAACAAGCGAUAGCUGAUGCUAGUGCAGCAGCUGCUGAAACAGCCAAACAAAAUAUGGUGGAAGCAUAUUCAAAUGCUAAGCGUAUGUUAUUGAAUGUUCGCAUUAAGGCUCCGAUUAUCAUUGUUCCCGUUGACUCGAAAUCACUUCAAGCCGUUUCUAUCGAUUUGGGUCAUUUGUGUAUAACCAAUCGCUGUUCAAAUGUACCAAACUCGGCUGAGAAUGAUCGUAGCCCAGCAAUUCUGGAUGAAAUGAAGUUGGAAUUAAAAGACAUGCAAAUUUCGAAAGUGGAAAUUAUUCAGGGAACUGUUGCCGAUGAUGGUUUUAAACACGAUGACAAUAUUUUGAAUCCAACAUCAUUUGCACUCAUUAUCAAAAGAAACCUUUCGUCUGGAUGGUAUAAGGAAAUCCCAGAUCUUGACAUUUCCGGACGUUUAAAAAGCAUUGUUAUGAACCUAUUAAGUACGGACUACCAGUUGCUAAUGUCGAUCUUAUCUAAAAAUAUGACCGAGGGUGCCAAUGAAAGAGUUGUUAUCAAGCGACCGGAAAUUGUAACAACACCAACGAGUACCGUACAAGUUCACUUUACCGAAUCUGAUGCGAUCAGUGUGCUCACGGCUGGUAAAGAUUCACGAUCAUCCAAACGUGUCACAACGAAGAGUACAAAAUCAAUCAAGCCAAAGGCGAGCAGUCUCGAACAACAGGCCUCGGCGAAUGAUAACAAAUCGGUUACAAAAAAGAAAAUCGAUACAUUUUUAGAGUUCACUUUCCAAAUGGAUUCCAUCGUUUUGAAUUUGUUCACCGCUCCUGGACAAGGACUUGCCUCGUUUGGUAUCCAUUUCCUAUCGCUCAAAGGAUGCAAGCUCGUUGAUGAGUCUAUGAGCGCAUCGAUUGUCCUGUGCGAUGUACAACUUGAUGAUAUUCGACCUGAUCGCCAAAAAUUUAUCACAAAAUUUAUGAAGAAAAAAGAGGUCGUGGCACCAUUGAAUAGCAGUAGCAGUAGCAGUUCAAAUGCAUCGCUUGCACCACAAUCUACGAAUUCAAUGGUCGAUAUCGUAGUGCGAAUGAAACAAGGCGACACAUUCGCCAAUCUCAAAGUAUCAAGUUUCGAUUUGAUUUUAUCUUUGGAAUUCUUGUUGAAAAUCGGACAAUUUGUGACCGUUCCCCAAGAUGCAAGACCGUUGACUACUGCACCGACCACUACCUCAAUCACCAAUGCAGCGGCUAAACCGACUGAAUUAGUACCGGCUACUGAAACUGAUCCGAAUAAAAAGAUAACUGUUUUGAUCAACAUUGAGCAGCCUGAUAUUAUUCUCGUCGAAGCAAUGGAUGAUAUUAAUUGCCUGGCAUUGAUAUUGAAUACGCAAAUGGCACUACGAGUUCGAAUGCAAGGCGAAAAACAAGUGAUCGAAGGAGAAAUUGCCGAUUUGAAGUUUUAUCUGUGUGAAUUCAGUCCAGCCAGACGAAAUGCAACCAAGCACUUUAUCAUUCAACCGUGUACGAUUAGCCUGCAUGGAAAUACACCUGAAGCGAAUGGCAUGAAUCUUAGUUUAUCUACUAGUGAUAUUCGAAUUAAUGUUUCACCAGCGAUAAUUGAAAUUAUUAGCAAAGCGAUGUCAACGGUUACAACGACCGAAAUCCAAAAUGAAAGCAUUGCUGAAGAACUACCCGACUACACAAAUCUGUGGGAAAUAGAAAAGUACAAAGAAGAAGAUUUUUGGUUUAUGAAAGUUGAAGAAGCCCAAGACACUCUCGCCACUGAAUAUUUCCAAUCGUUUGCUGAGCGCAAACCGGAAGUAUGUAUCGUCGAAGUGCCUUCCAUUGUUAUUGUUAUUGAAACAGGUUUUGGCUAUUACACCUAUCCGAUGCUGGUCAUUGAAACAAAGAUGAAUGCUGAAAUUCGAGACUGGAGUUCCGAUAUUUCGAUUGAAAGUUCUCUUUCAUUGGGAAUGGCAAUUUACAACAGCACGCUGGCUGUUUGGGAACCCUUAAUUGAGCCAAAUGAGCGCGAGAAAUCGAAUGGCUUAACCGAAUACCAGCCGUGGGAGCUGAAUUUCAACUUGAAAAUUGAGAAACCGGUUGAAAAUUCACUCACCGAAAGUGAACCAAAAACUAAGAUUCAGAUUUCGUCAUGUGAUACUCUCGAAAUGUCAGUUACAAAAACUAGCCUAGACGUGCUUCAAGAUUUAGGACAAGCUUUUUCGGAUGCCAUUAAACCGCAAGGUUUGAAUAAGCCCGAUAUUGUUGCACCGUACAUUGUCGAAAAUGACACGGGUUUCGAUAUCAUAAUGAACCUGAAGAAAGGAUCAUUGAAUUUACAUUCAUCACAUCUACCAAAUCCCGAUGGUUCAUCGAAUCACUCAUUGGUCGUAUUCAACACAACAUCGGCAGAGCUCGAUCCCAACGAAAUCACUACAUGCAAAAUUUCGCCCGGUGGUCGGGCCUAUUUGCAACCAAAACACGAACACUCAUUGGCAAAAAUCACUGCGUUUCUCACAAAGGAAGAGGGCAAAUUGCAAGAAACACUUUUGCACGUACAGAUCGGUGAAAUCGACAAGGAAAUCACAUUACCUGUUCACAAAGCCGAUCGACGAUACUUCCCACUAUAUCGUGACACACACCAAGAACCAUGGGGUAUCAUUUCACAUGUCCACACAGAAUAUGGAAGCACGGUCAUUACCAUUCAUGGUGUGCUGAAGGUUAAAAACCACUUCUCGACAUCGGCGAAAAUUUUCCGCAAGCGAAGCGGACAAUUGAUUGAAGUUGGCCAAGUUGAGCCUGGAGCAGUGUUCAAUGUUCCGCUGCAUACAUUGUAUGCUGCUCACAAAGAAUUGUUCUUCUCAAUCGCCAACUACAAAACAUCGAUUCAAGGUUUCAACUGGAAAGAGAAUCCAAGCGAUUUCAAGUAUAUGAAAUACUUGCAAUGUGACCCCAUUCAUACGUUCGAACCAUUCUAUAUAACUGCGAUUCGGGAACGUGAAGAAGUGUACCAUGAGGUUACAUCAAAAUACACCAUGUUGAGUGCAUGCUAUGUGAUUAACUUGAAACCACCGCUUUAUUUGCGAAAUGCAUUGCCAAUUGAUAUUCAGAUUUCAGUGGCUGGUUGCACUGUAUCUCAAACCGAAAAUAAUGUCAAAGAAUCAACCGAAAAUAACCAUCAUGUUGUCGACUAUAAGGGACCACUUAAUGCAAGCUUAACCAAAUCCGAUUUCCUUGACUGUGGCGAAAAAAUUGUGAAACCGGGCGAUCUUUUACAUUUGCCAACGGUUAAGACGACGGCCAAGGAAGGCGAACGAAGAAGUUUAAUUGUGGCCAGAUUGGUCCAAUAUUUAGAAAAGGAUUGGUCGUGCACAACUGAAGUGCCAGCACAUCCACCCGAAUUCGCAGUUUGGUCUUUUAAAUCCUAUGAUUCAGAUGAAAUCAUGUCAAUCGAGCUUGGUGUCAUGUUCGAAAAUCGUUUGGGUAGCCUACAAAUGACAGUGUACUGUCCAUUCUGGAUGAUAAAUAAAACCGAUCUUAUGCUUAGUUAUCGGUCAACGGACGAGAGCGUAAAUGUAUUGUAUCAUCCACCAGAUUUGGAAGGUCCAAUACUUUUUUCGUAUCGCGAAAAAGUAUUCUUUGGCAAGAAACGAGCUGCUGUUCGCGUCGAGAAUGGUGAAUGGAGUGAAAAAUUCGCCUUAGACGCCGCUGGUUCAACUGGUUUAGUUGAAUGUAAAGCCGAUGGAGUGAAAUAUGAAAUUGCUGUACACAAUGCGUUGACUCACAAUUCGCUCACCAAACAGAUUACGUUCAUGCCAUUCUACGUGCUUACGAAUAAUGCUCCAUUUACAAUUCAAGUGCAGGAAAACAAGCGACCAGGCGAUACUUGGACUGUUAUUCAAACUAACCAAAGUGUUCCACUGUGGCCAAAAUCGGAUUGCAGGACUUUGCAUGUACGAGCAGGAGAUGAUGAAACAGUGUCAAGACCAUUUAAGUUUGAUGAGCCUCAAUGUACACUCCUUAAGCUCAAAAAUAAGUAUGGUGGCAUAAAUGUAGAUGUUCAAGCUUCGGAGGGUGGCGUUUUUAUCGCGUUCACCGCAUAUCAUCCAGGUGAUGCGCCAGCAUUGAUUAUUAAUCACACCGAUAGAUUGGUGAAAUUCUGGGAAAAAGGAAAUGUGAAUGAGCGUCGGCUUGAGCCAUUUGAAAAAAUGUUGUAUACAUGGCAGGACCCGGCUGGUGACCGGUUGAUUCUUUGGGAUGACGGAGAUGAUUCGAUUGAAAAUGAUCUGCGUCGAGACGGUAUAAAGCCGAUCAAAAGCAGCGUCGGUGACACAUCGUCAUAUUGGGUUUCUUUCUUGGAUGGAACUCAACGUGUGUUACUAUUCACAAAUGUUCAAGAUAUUGCCUUCGGUGCAAAUAGUGCCAAUCGCUUAGACAAGGUCACACAAGAGAUCGAAGUUGAUGUCCAUGGUAUUGGCUUAUCAUUGGUCAACAAUCACAAACUAUGCGAUAUAAUGUACAUUGGAAUUGCAAGUUCUGGUGUGAUUUGGGAAGAGAAAAAGAAGUCGCGGUACUUUAAACAGAUGAAAAUUCAAGAAGUACAAAUUCUUGAAGAACGAUAUCAACAGUACUUGCGCAACAGACAGACUGGCAUCCAGGAACACCACCUUCACUUCGAUGGCGGCGGAAAAAUUCCAAUCGACUUCGAUAAUAUGAUGUUGAAAAAAUCUCGUCCACGUGAAAUUCGUCGAACAUUUUAUCCUGGCCUAUGGAUUCAGAUGAAAUCGUCACCAUAUCAAUUGCAACUACAUGUCAAAAUCAAUCGCAUUCAAAUCGAUAAUCAACUGAGUGACUGCAUCUUUCCAGUUGUAUUGGCACCGGUCGCUCCACCGAAAAGUGUUGCCGCUUCAAUUGAGCUCAAACCGUUUGUUGAAUGCAGUAUUGUACAACGUAUCAUUCCUCAUUCAAAUGUGAAACAGUUCAAAUACCUCAAAGUUUUAACACAAGAAUUCCAUGUAAAGGUCGAUUUGUUGUUCAUCAAUGAAAUCGUGGAAAUAUUCACGGUCGAAUUAACCGAUGAAGAAAAGCGAAAACUGUUCAACACAGAUAUUCAGCAGCAUAGCGAACCGUUAUCAGCACUUGUGCUUACGCAAUCAUCUCAGGACCAAAAGAACUUCUAUGACCAAUUGCAUUUGGGGCCAUUAAAAAUCCACAUUUCAUUUUCGAUGGCAGGCUUGGAACCGGGCGCAUUGCCACCAGUUUUGUCAACCAUUCUACAGGGAGUCGGUGUCACUCUGACCGAUAUAAAUGAUAUUGUUUUCCGUUUGACGUUCUUUGAACGUCAAUAUAAUUUCUAUACGCAGCGACAACUCACUAACGAAAUCGUUUCGCAUUAUACCAGUCAAGCUCUGAAACAAGCAUAUGUACUCAUAUUAGGUUUAGAUGUCAUCGGCAAUCCAUACGGUUUAGUCGUCGGCUUCACAAAAGGAGUAGAAGAUUUGUUCUAUGAACCAUUCCAGGGAGCAAUUCAAGGUCCUAGUGAGUUUGCCGAGGGUUUGGUUCUCGGUGUGAAAUCAUUAUUCGGGCAUACGGUUGGCGGUGCUGCUGGUGCCCUAGGUAAGAUCACUGGAGCGAUGGGCAAAGGAUUGGCAGCGCUUACAUUUGAUAAAGAUUAUCAGAGGAAACGACGAGAAAAUUUGAAUAAGAAGCCAGCUAAUUUGCACGAAGGAUUGGCACGUAGCGGCCAAGGACUUGUUAUGGGUGUUGUUGACGGCGUUACCGGAGUCAUCAGUCAGCCAAUAAGUGGUGCUCGUAGCGAUGGUGUUGAAGGAUUCUUCAAGGGUUUGGGCAAAGGUGCGGUCGGCUUGAUUGCUCGUCCAACAGCUGGUCUUGUUGACUUUGCUAGUGGUAGUUUUGAUGCACUGCAGCGAGCCACUGAAUUAUCAGAAGAAGUUAACCGUUUAAGGCCACCACGUUCAUUACAUUCAGAUGGCGUCUUACGACCAUUCUGUUUGCGAGAAGCCGAGGGAAACAAACUGUUAAAAGAAAUUGAAAAGGGCAAAUAUGCAAGUAGCGAUAUUUUUGCUCAUUACGAGGUCAUAAUUGAGAAGCGUGAGGUGUUACUCUUAUCUGAUCACCGUUUGAUAUACUGUGGAAAGAAUGAUUUGUUUGGGGGAUGGCAGAUUGACUGGUCAUAUCGAUGGAGUGAAAUCUACAUGCUUCGAUCGGUUGACAGAGGCGUUGAAGUAUUGAUUGGUGAAAAAACGAAAAAAGUGCUUGGAUUGUUUGGCUCAAGCGAACAGAAAAAGAAAGUUAUCCUUAUUCCCCAGCCUGCCCGGCGAGCGCAAUUGCUCAAAAUUAUGACCGACCUCAAAAGGAAUGAACCAUAGAUAAACUUGCUGUGACCAGAAUAAAGAUGCCUACAACAAACAAGAUUUUAUCACAUUUUGAUUUUUAUAAGUGAUUGCCAGUUGCUUUUUCAUUAAAUUUGAAUCGAGAAAUUCGUCGACCAAUUUUACUCUGACAUAUUUCCUUUGUAUGUAGUUUAAUGUAAGGCCCAUUGAAUUUUACCGUUAGUUUUAAAUCACAUUCAAAAUGAUCAGUAGAUUUGAUUAAGCUGUAAAAUCCUAUUUUCACAUUCUUUUCACUUUAUCGGUCCAUUCGAAUCGAUUAGAUCAAUGAAAGGCUCUGAGUGAAAUAUCAUUGAGAAAUUUGCAAAAAUAGACUUUGUUUUCAAAUAUUUUCGCAUUUCGAUAGUCAAAAUCUACCUCAAAUGUUUUCCGAAACAGACUAAAUCGAAAAUAAACAUCUUUUUAAACAAAAACUAUUAUUAAUGCAUGAAAAAAUAUUUUUCAUUACUAUGAACGUUUGAAAUAAACUUCAUUUAUCGAUUGAUUGCAAAAAA